ACAGGCUUGUCCAGCCAAAGCAGUCAUGUCGGCAAAAGCCAUCUCCGAGCAGACGGGAAAGGAUUUCCUCUACAAGCACAUCUGCACGUCUGCGGCUGUGCAGAACAGAUUCCGCUACGCCAACGUGACGCCAGAGACCGACUUUGAUCGACUGGCAAAAGAGCACCCGUGGCUGCUCACAGAGAGGCUGGUGGUGAAACCGGACCAGCUGAUCAAGAGGCGAGGGAAGCUGGGCCUUGUGGGCGUCAACCUGGACCUGAACGGCGUCAGAGAGUGGCUGAAGUCUCGCCUCAUGAGAGAGACGACAGUGGGGAAAGCUAAAGGUAUCCUCAAGAACUUCCUCAUCGAGCCAUUUGUCCAACAUAAGCAGGAGGAGGAGUUCUAUGUGUGCAUCUAUGCCACCCGGGAGGGCGACUAUGUGCUGUUCCACCAUGAAGGCGGGGUGGAUGUGGGAGAUGUGGAUGCCAAGGCGAAGAAGCUGCUCAUUGGGGUGGAUGAGAAGAUCAGCGAGGACUCUGUGAAGAAAAUGCUGCUGACUCACGUCCCCAACGACAAGAAAUCGGUGCUGGCCAGCUUCAUCGUUGGACUCUUCAACCUGUAUGAGGACCUGUUCUUCACAUACCUCGAGAUCAACCCAUUGGUGGUUACAAAAGAUGGGGUUUACGUGCUGGACAUGGCGGCCAAGAUUGAUGCCACGGCUGACUACAUCUGUAAGGCCAAGUGGGGUGAUGUGGAGUUCCCUCCACCCUUCGGCAGAGAGGCCUAUCCUGAGGAGGCCUACAUUGCAGACCUUGAUGCCAAGAGUGGUGCAAGCUUAAAAUUGACCCUGCUCAACCCGAGAGGCAGGAUCUGGACCAUGGUAGCAGGAGGCGGAGCCUCGGUGGUGUACAGUGAUACAAUCUGUGACCUGGGCGGGGUGGAUGAGUUGGCAAACUAUGGGGAGUAUUCAGGAGCACCGAGUGAACAGCAGACCUAUGACUACGCAAAGACCAUCCUGUCUCUGAUGACCAGAGAGAAGCACCCUGACGGGAAAGUUUUGAUCAUUGGUGGAAGCAUUGCAAACUUCACAAAUGUUGCAGCAACAUUUAAGGGGAUUGUGCGAGCUAUCCGAGACUAUCAGGGUCCACUUAAGGAACAUGAGGUCACCUUAUUUGUCCGACGAGGGGGGCCAAACUACCAGGAAGGUCUCAGAGUGAUGGGAGAAGUUGGAAAGACCACUGGGAUCCCCAUCCACGUCUUCGGCACAGAAACUCACAUGACUGCCAUUGUUGGCAUGGCACUGGGCCACCGGCCAAUCCCCAACCAGCCCCCUGUUGCUGCUCACACUGCCAACUUCCUCCUCAACUCCAGCGGCAGCACAUCGACCCCAGCGUCCAGCAGGACUGCUUCUUUUUCUGACAACAGGACCAAUGUUCAGAGCUCACCAGCCAAGAAGGCCAAAACAGGAGGUCCUGCGGCCAAGGCAACUACCCUCUUCAGCAAACAAACCAAGUCCAUAGUGUGGGGUAUGCAGACUCGAGCAGUUCAGGGUAUGAUGGACUUUGACUAUGUGUGCUCCAGAGAAGAGCCAUCUGUCGCAGCUAUGGUCUACCCGUUCACUGGAGACCACAAACAGAAGUUUUAUUGGGGCCAUAAAGAGAUCCUUAUCCCCGUGUAUAAGAACAUGGGUGAUGCCAUGAAGAAGCACCCGGAUGUGGACGUGCUCAUCAGCUUCGCCUCUCUGCGUUCAGCCUUUGAUAGCACCAUGGAGACCAUGCAGUACCCACAGAUUCACACCAUUGCCAUCAUUGCUGAAGGAAUCCCUGAAGCUCACACAAGGAAGAUUAUUAAGGCUGCAGAUGAGAAGGGUGUCACAAUCAUUGGACCGGCGACCGUUGGAGGAAUCAAACCCGGCUGUUUCAAGAUCGGGAACACAGGAGGCAUGCUGGAUAACAUCCUCGCCUCCAAGCUCUACCGUCCAGGAAGUGUGGCCUACGUUUCCCGCUCGGGAGGCAUGUCCAACGAACUCAACAACAUAAUCUCACGCACCACCGAUGGUGUUUUUGAAGGUGUGGCCAUUGGUGGGGACAGAUACCCUGGCUCGGUGUUCACUGACCAUGUGCUGCGCUACCAAGACACUCCUGGAGUGAAGAUGAUUGUUGUGCUCGGCGAGAUAGGAGGCACAGAGGAGUACAAGAUCUGCGAGGCUAUCAAAGAGGGCCGGAUCACAAAGCCAGUGGUGUGCUGGUGUAUUGGCACCUGUGCCACCAUGUUCUCUUCAGAGGUUCAGUUCGGCCAUGCAGGCGCUUGUGCCAACCAGGCUUCAGAGACAGCAGUGGCUAAGAACGAAGCUCUGAAGGAGGCUGGUGCCUUUGUCCCAAGGAGCUUUGAUGAGCUGGGGGAGAUCAUCAAAUCUGUUUAUGACGACCUUGUUGCUAAAGGAGUUAUUCAGCCGGCUGCAGAGAUGCCUCCUCCCACUGUGCCGAUGGAUUACUCUUGGGCAAGGGAGCUGGGUCUGAUCCGUAAACCUGCUUCCUUCAUGACUAGUAUCUGUGACGAGAGGGGUCAGGAGCUCAUCUACGCAGGCAUGCCAAUCACUGAGGUCUUCAAGUCAGAAAUUGGCCUGGGAGGAACUCUGGGUCUGCUCUGGUUCCAGAGGAGAUUGCCAAGGUACGCCUGUCAGUUCAUCGAGAUGUGUCUGAUGGUGACUGCCGAUCACGGCCCGGCUGUUUCUGGUGCCCACAACACCAUUGUCUGUGCACGAGCCGGCAAAGAUCUCAUCUCCAGCCUCACCUCUGGCCUUCUCACCAUCGGUGACCGCUUUGGAGGCGCUCUUGAUGCUGCAGCAAAGCAGUUCAGCAAGGCCUUCGACAGCGGCAUGUUGCCCAUGGAGUUUGUCAACAAGAUGAAGAAGGAUGGCAAGCUGAUCAUGGGUAUUGGACACAGAGUGAAGUCGAUUAACAAUCCAGACAUGAGAGUCCAGAUCUUGAAAGAUUUUGUGAAGCAGCAUUUCCCCUCCAGCCAGCUGCUGGACUACGCUCUGGAUGUAGAGAAGAUAACAACGUCCAAGAAACCAAACCUGAUCCUGAAUGUGGAUGGCUUCAUUGGCGUGGCCUUUGUUGACUUGCUCAGGACUUGUGGUGGUUUUACACGGGAUGAAGCUGAUGAGUUUGUGGAAAUUGGAGCACUGAAUGGCAUCUUUGUCCUGGGACGAAGCAUGGGAUUCAUUGGACACUACCUGGACCAGAAGAGGCUUAAGCAGGGUCUGUAUCGCCACCCCUGGGAUGACAUCUCCUACGUGCUCCCAGAACACAUGUCCAUGUAGUGUAGACAAAAAGAAUGUCGGCUAACUGUUCUCACAUUCCUUUAACCCAGCCAUUAUUUCCGCACCCUUACUGUGAUCUGUCACCUCAAAGCUGUGGCAUAAUAUAAAGACGUUACUGGUAAUAUAGCUGCUAAUUGCAAAUAUUGAAAAGAAGAGUAUAUUUUUUGUUUUGGUAAACCUGUAAGUGCUGCAGUUCUGUACGAAUUAGUAAAACCUGCUAAACUGUGAAGCUCCUGUCGGAAGAAGUCAGGGUGAUUUGAAGAUGAAACAGUCAAAGGAUUACAACUAGGCUUUUCAGCUAUUUGCUCCCAAAGCUCACAGCUUGUUCAAGUUCUGUGGUUUCACCUAAAAUAAUACUUCGGUGUUGUAUUAACCAAGCAUGUGGGUCUUUAGUAACAGACUGUUGUGUCUUUGUGCAGCUCUCAACAUUGUGCCAAUGAGAAACAUGAUCUUGCGGGGGGAUGAACAUGUAGUGCAAUAAUGCUAAUAAUAUAAGAACAUACUGUAGAUCAGAGCUUUAUUUAGGUAUAGUUGUGUUAAAAGUUAAAAAAAAAAAAAAAGGUACUUAGUGUUUUAGUUUUUCAAAACAUCAUUCUGCUCACUGUGGCAACCACUUUAUGAGUCAUUCCCAGCAGGUGCUGCGACCCCCGCAGUUUCCUGUUUCCCUACUAUUUGAAUGAAUAAGGGCCUUUAGGACAAAAACCCAAGGAUGCAGUGUUGGUUCUAUUUUCUACUCCUCUCUGUCUUGAUUAUGUAAACAUUCAUGCAACCACUGCAACAAACUAAAUGAUUAUGAGAACAUUUCUGCAUCAGUCCUCUUACAUAUCAAACUAUGUUCACUGUUGAAAUCCAUCAUUUUCUCGUUUAUUUUCACACAAAUGACACGUUACAUACUCAUAAUUUAUUCAAACAUGUUGCUCUGUCACUGACUUUAUUUCAGCCAUAUCAAUUACAUGACACAGACGCCAUGAAGGUCUCCACAUUAUAUUUGCCAUGUUUCAGAUUGUAGUUUGCGUGUCAUGGAGAGAGCCUUUUCGUAAAGUCAACAGAACAAAAUCCUUCCGUCACUUCUCUUUUUUUUUUAAAUGGAAAUCAAAAUUCCACUACAGUCUGAAAGAAACUGUAUAGCAGCUAUCGUCAAUGUCAUCUUUCAUGUGGAUGUCGUAAAAUAGAAAAAAAUGUCUGUGGAGAACCAGAAACCUCACCACUGUUGUCACCAUUUUAUGCUUUUAACUGUUUCAAUGUGAACUUAAGGUGCCUCUAUAUGCAUUUGUUGUAUGUUGACAACUGUGUAAUUGAAUAAAGUGAAAUGUAAU